AUGCGGAGGAUACGUCCAGCUGGCUCAGAUGGCUGUCGUGGAGCAGCGACGAAACGUUGCUUUACUGCGACUCCAUGGAGAAGGAGACCGAGGAAACCUGGAGCAUUGUCAGCGUCCUGCUUUGCUGCUUCUCGUCCGGCAGGAAGGGCUUCGCUGCGUGAUUGUUCUUGCUGGAGGUGGGAGCUCGGCCGCAACUUCGACUUCGAGUAUCACUCCGCGCAGCUGAGCAUUGACACGGCGCCCCUCACCAAGGGCUGCUCGGCGAUGUGCACCUUCGUGAAUGACUUUGCAGGGGAAGAUGUUCUCAAGGCCUUAGCUGAGGAGGGUGUGAAGCUCAUUGCCCUGCGACGUGCGGGCUUCGACCGUGUGGAUCUCCGGGCGGCAAAGGACGCCGGGAUCACGGCGUCCCUUCUCCCUGCCUACAGCCCCUACGCUGUCGGGAAGCACGCCGUGGCGCUGAUGUUAUCACUGCCGCCCGAGCCUGCACAAGUCAACGGAAGUCGACCCGUAGCCAAACCAAACGAGAUCGCACCGGAAGUUUAA